ACUGAUUCUGUGGCUGCCCUGUUUCACUCGGGUCUGUCGCUUCCCUCUGCUUACGUUCCUGUGCCGUGUCCCCGCUCGUGUGUUGCAGCUGCCGUCUCCUGGUAUGACGAGUUCCAGAGGCUCUACGACACCAUCCCUUGCGUGGAAGUGCAGGCCCUGAAGGAGCACAAUGACCAGGUUUUGCACCUCAGCUUCUCCCACUCUGGCUGUUUGUUUGCAUCAUGCUCCAAAGACUGUACUGUCAAGAUCUGGAGCAAUGAGUUGGACAUCUCCCUGCAGCACAGCUCCAACAUGAGGCCAUACAACUGGAGCUACACGCAGUUCUCCCAGUUCAACUCGGAUGACUCCCUCCUUUUGGUGUCCGGUGUCUUUGUGGGGCCUCACAACUCCUCGUCAGGAGAGAUUGCCGUGAUCAGCAUGGAAAACUUCACGCUGCUUUCCAGGGUGAGGAAUAAACCCUAUGAUGUGUUUGGCUGCUGGCUGAAUGAAACCAACUUGAUAUCUGGGAAUCUGCAUCGGAUUGGGCGUAUAACCUCCUGUUCUGUGCUGUGGCUGAACAACGCUUUCCAGGGCAUAGAGUCCGAGAAUGUGAACGUAGUGAAGAGACUGUUCAAAAUCCAGAACCUGAAUGCGAGCACUAUCCGGACCGUGAUGGUGGCUGACUGCAGCCGGUACGAUUCCCCAGACCUGCUCCUGGACUACGAGGAGCAGCUAGCUGCUUCCUCCACCUGCCCAGUCUUUGAUCUUGGCAGCGACAGCGAGGAAGAGGAGGCCAAGCCCAAGCAGACUCCGGAGCCAGCAGUACAGGAAUUGCCGGAUGAAGGGGGUGUGACAGCAGAGGAUGGGCUGCAGCAGUUCUUUGAUGACAUCAUGGAGGGCCGUGUGAGGCCUGCCAUGACCGAGACAGAGUUGGAGACAAAGGUGGCUGAGCUGUUUGUACGCAACAGAACUAAACCGCCCGAGCUGAACCUGCUCUCCACGGACAGCAACAGCAAGACAAAAUACUUGAUCUUCACCACAGGAUGCCUCACCUACUCCCCGCACCAGAUAGGUAAGGCUGUGGUCUGA